CUUGGGUGGUACACUACACUCAGUCCACCGUGUCCAUGCGCUGGCCGGCCUUCUGCUGUUCUGCUCUGCUGUUCUGCACAGAGACGGCAGCUCAUGGGCCAUCCGGCCAUCCCAUGAGCCAGGUCUACUACCUCCUGGCUCCUGCUCCUGCGAAUCCCGUACAUGCCACGUGGGUAGCGCCGCGCCAAGACAAGCCUCCUGUGAGUCUGUGACGAGCCACCGUGAAACUGGACACCGACGUGGAGCGCGUCCGCUGGCCGAAGCGACAGCCUGCGCUCACGAGCUGCCGCAGCUCUUGGUCCCCGGCGAGCCGUGCUCAGCCGCGGAUGCUGCAGGCAGCCUGGCCAGCAGCAGGUACGGCGAUACGUCCGUCCACGCUAAACCUCACGGGCGUGCCAUGCAUGGCGCGCGCGCUCUGCCCGCGUCGCCAGACCCCAGUGGCGCUCACGUGCCCCGCCGCUAUAUAGCCCACGGCGUCGCGCCACCGUCCGUCCGUCCGUCGUCUCGCGCUCUCGUUUCGUCGCUACGCUAGCUUCCAGUCCCGGGCUUAGCAACUGUGCUGCUGUUGCACUGCACCCGGCGCACGCAGAGAUGCGCCGUGUCGGGACGGGUGUGAGGAUGCUUUGCGGCGCGGCGCUGUCGGUGCUUCUGCUUCUCGCGGGCGGCGCGGCGGCGUCGCACUCGCGCUCGUCGUGCCCCGCCACGCCUCCGGACGCGGGGAACACGCUGCAGGUGUCGCACGCGUUCGGGCCGUGCUCGCCGCUGGGCCCCGGGACGGCGGCGCCGUCGUGGGCGGGGUUCCUGGCGGACCAGGCGUCGCGUGACGCGUCGCGGCUGCUGUACCUGGACUCGCUGGCGGUGCGUGGCCGCGCCCGCGCGUACGCGCCCAUCGCGUCGGGGCGGCAGCUGCUGCAGACGCCGACGUACGUGGUGCGGGCCAGCCUCGGCACGCCGCCGCAGCAGCUGCUCCUGGCCGUCGACACCAGCAACGACGCCUCGUGGAUCCCUUGCGCCGGCUGCGCGGGCUGCCCCACGUCGUCCGCGGCGCCCUUCGACCCGGCCUCGUCCGCCUCGUACCGCACGGUGCCCUGCGGGUCGCCGCUCUGCGCGCAGGCACCCAACGCGGCGUGCCCGCCCGGCGGCAAGGCCUGCGGCUUCAGCCUCACCUACGCCGACUCCUCGCUGCAGGCCGCGCUGUCGCAGGACUCUCUCGCCGUCGCCGGCAACGCCGUGAAGGCCUACACCUUCGGGUGCCUGCAGAGGGCCACUGGCACGGCUGCGCCGCCGCAGGGGCUGCUGGGGCUCGGCCGCGGCCCGCUGUCGUUCCUUUCGCAGACCAAGGACAUGUACGAGGCCACCUUCUCGUACUGUCUCCCCAGCUUCAAGUCGCUCAACUUCUCUGGAACGCUCCGGCUCGGGCGCAACGGCCAGCCGCAGCGCAUCAAGACGACGCCGCUGCUGGCCAACCCGCACCGGUCGUCGCUCUACUACGUGAACAUGACCGGCAUCCGCGUGGGCAGGAAGGUGGUGCCUAUCCCGGCGUUCGACCCGGCGACGGGGGCGGGCACCGUGCUGGACUCUGGCACCAUGUUCACCCGGCUGGUGGCGCCGGCGUACGUGGCCGUGCGGGACGAGGUCCGGCGCCGCGUCGGCGCGCCCGUGUCCUCGCUGGGAGGGUUCGACACGUGCUUCAACACCACCGCCGUCGCGUGGCCGCCCGUGACGCUGCUGUUCGACGGCAUGCAGGUGACGCUGCCGGAGGAGAACGUGGUCAUCCACAGCACGUACGGGACCAUCAGCUGCCUGGCCAUGGCCGCGGCGCCCGACGGCGUCAACACCGUGCUCAACGUCAUCGCCAGCAUGCAGCAGCAGAACCACCGUGUGCUCUUCGACGUGCCCAACGGACGCGUAGGCUUCGCGCGCGAGCGCUGCACCGCCGCUUGAUCAGCUUGCUCGCGCGCCUGCGCGCGGGCUCGGAUUCGGGUUAUAUUUAGUUAAACCUACGUUCUACGGUUGUGGACGUCAUGCACUGCUGUCGGAGUGGGUGAUUAAUAAUUUAACUUUCCUUUUCUUUUCUUUUACCGGUCAGUGUAAUCUCGUUGCUCUUCAGAUUUACCAUAUGUGUUUCACAUUCACCGAUCGAUUGCUUCAAGUGGCAUUAUGUGGUUUAGGGGCUGAAUGAUUGGGGUCUAAAUAAUGUACUGCAUAUUCCAGUUUUGGAUUAAAGAGGUGUUUGGUUUUAGGGACUAAUGUUUAGUCCCUUCAUUUU